ACCUUAACUAGGUCAACUCAUAUCGGAGCGUAUUUUUUGGCCAAGGUGUAAUGUAAACAUAAACCAUAUGACGGCGGUGGGUCGUCACUCCUCAAUAACAGGCUAACAGCACGUAACCUACACACUACACCAGUUCACCCAACCUUCCUGUAUUUCAAUCUCCAUGACCAUGAUCCAACGGUAACAAUCACAGCCAUCAUGCGUUUGAAUCUCACACGAACAAUCUGCAAUUGGUUAACUUAUUAAUCAACUGAACCCACCAUUUGGACCAAAUUUUGGGAAAGUUUUUGAACACUUGGAAACAAACUUACAACUUUGGCUUUAGCUGCAACUACUACUCUUGACUUUGGCUUUAGUUCAUGAUCUUCCCCGCAAAUUUGCUCAAGAUUUUGCUGAUUUAAUGGUGAUUUCUAGGUAAAGUCUCUAACUUUAUGUAUUUCCUCUGAUUUUCUGAUCUGAAUUGGUGGAGGAUUACCCUUUUUGAUCGAGUUCUUAGAAAAAUUAUAUGGAGUAUCAGAAGUUAUAGAAAAAAAAAAUCAGUAAAAUGGGUUCUAACUGGUUUUCCAGUUCUAUUCCUCAUUAUUGUUGAUGGGUUGGGAAUUAAGAUGUUUAUAAUGGAGAAAUUUGAUGGGUAAUUCUUAUUUUCAGUUUGCUGCAAAAAAGAAAAUAAGGGUUUGCAUUUGCUGAAAGUUUGGAAGAUAAACUGAUGAAAAAUGUACUAAUUUCUGAAAAUAAUGAUCCAAAUUACAGAUGAACCCUAAUUAACCAUUGGGUUUUUGUGAUUAGAUGCAGAAAUGAAGUGGGUACAUUUGAUUUUGAUUUUAAUUGGUUUUUCAUGUUUAUACUCAACUUUAGGUUCAUCAAAUGUGUCAGAUUGUCCUAUAGAUCUAAGCUAUGUUUUAAAGCUUCCAUGGAAUUCUUCAUUAUGCCAUGGAAAUACCCCAGAAAAUGAUCCAAAACAUAGUUGUUGUCAGACCCUUUUGAGUUUAUUUGGUAUAGGUCUUGCCUAUAAUCUCAAAAAAACUUCUCUUUUUGGAAUUAAAGAUGUACAAACUUCACUAUCUUGCUUGUCUGAUUUUCAAUCCAAGCUUAAUUCCUUAUCACUUUCACCAAAUUUGACUUCAAUAUGUUUUGACCCUUCACAAUUUGUAAUUACUCCUGAUGUUUGUGCUGGAAUUGUUUCAACUAAGAAUUGGUAUGCUAAACUUGGUACUAAUACUUCAUUAGACCAAGCUUGUCGAUCGAAUCUCUCGGAUCUUACUGCUUGUGAUACGUGCUAUACCGCUGGUACGAGAGUCCAAACUCAAUUGAUUUCGAUUGAUGGGAAUACUUCACAUGCUAAAGAUUGUUUUUACUUUACCAUUCUAUAUGCUGCUGCUAUAGUCAAUGAGGAUGGUCCUGAAGGUGUUGGAACAACAUCAUGUAUGUUUCAACUUUCUUUGGUUCGGUCUAUUGGAUCGAAUAGUCAUAAUCAUUUGAAGUUGCAUCUUGGGUUGAUAGGUGCUUCUGUAGUGUUGUUUGUGAUUAUUUGUCUUUUGGGUUUGUACUUUUGGCAUUAUAAGAAGAAUCUGAAAAAGGGUAGUAACUUGGGUGGUGAUUUGGAGCAAGUAGGUAGGCCUAGGAUGCGUCCGAAUACCGGUGCGAUUUGGUUUAAAAUUGAAGAUCUUGAGAGGGCGACGGGUUUCUUCUCACAAAAGAAUUUUAUAGGUCGUGGGGGUUUUGGGAUGGUAUAUAAGGGAACCUUAUCGGAUGGGAGUGUAGUUGCGGUUAAGAAGAUUACUGAAUCGAAUAUUGAAAGGGAUUCGGAUUUUCGAAAUGAGGUUGAGAUAAUUAGCAACUUAAGACAUCGGAAUUUAGUACCGCUUAGAGGUUGUUGCAUGAUAGAUGAGGGUGAGAAUGAUGAUGAUUAUGGAGGAAAUCAUAGGUACCUUGUUUACGAAUACAUGCCGAAUGGUAAUCUUGAUGAUCAUCUCUUUCGCACUUCCGCUAACCAAAGUGGGGUGCUAAGAAAACCAUUGACAUGGCCGCAAAGGAAAUGUAUAAUAUUAGAUGUGGCGAGGGGUCUAUCGUAUCUUCAUCAUGGAGUAAAACCGGCAAUUUACCAUCGAGAUAUUAAGGCUACGAACAUUCUCUUAGAUUCCGAUAUGAGAGCUAGGGUGGCUGAUUUUGGGUUAGCGAAACAAGUUCAGGAAGGACAUUCUCAUCUUACUACUAGAGUGGCUGGCACUCAUGGGUAUUUAGCCCCGGAAUAUGCCCUUUAUGGGCAGCUAACAGAGAAGAGCGAUGUUUAUAGUUUUGGGGUGGUUGUCUUGGAGAUAAUGUGCGGGAGAAGGGCCCUUGAUCUAUCUGCUUUAGGGUCUUCCACGACUGUUUUAAUAACGGAUUGGGCAUGGUCUUUGGUUAAAGAAGGUCGAAUAGAUGAGGUUCUCGAUGCAUUCUUGUUGCGAGAAGGGGAUAACUCAGAGCUGAAUCCGAGGGGAAUAAUGGAACGAUUUGUACGUGUUGGAAUUCUGUGUGCCCAUGUAAUGGUUGCGUUGAGGCCUUCGAUCUCAGACGCACUGAAAAUGUUGGAAGGUGAUAUUGAAGUCCCUCAAAUUCCAGACCGGCCGUUGCCUCUCGGGCAUCCAUCUUUCCAUAGGGAUGCUACAACGUUCAGUAUAUCGCCCGUGUUUAGUGGACUGCAUUUGAAUUCAGGAGAGAUGCUUAGGUAAUUGAGUCGAGGUUUUACUGGCCGCAACCUCUUUUAACUCUUUUGAUAAGGGUAUGGUCUGCCGUCUGCCGUCAUCCAAGCCUCCUCAGCUCCCGAUCAUAGCUUCAAUAGGUGGGAUAUAUCGGGUAUGAUGAUGAAGAUGAUGCUUAGGUAAUUAAGUGUUUGAGACCGAGUAUGAGAUCCAUAUUCUCAGUUGUUCAGACUUCAUUCCAAAUCAGGAAGAGUUAUCUUGCAAAUGCUAUUAGUAUAAUCAAAGAAUAUUGUACAAAAGAAAAACAAAAGUGAGAUUUUUGUGGAGAUUUAUAGUUGUGCCUUGUUUUGGCAAUUUGGAAGCAUACUACUGAUUUGGCAGAUAACUCUGUCAAUGAUCUGUAUUAUAAAGAAAGUGAGAUAAUGUUGAACCAUUUUCUUAUGAAUUUUGGUAUGAUAUGAUCAUAUGAACCUUACUCUCAUUAGUGUUUCCUUGAACAACAAUAAUAAUGUGAUGAGCUUCUCUUGUCAGAGACCGUCACUUGGUAAGAUGAAGGGUGUCAUUUUGAAGAAAAUGAGGGAGUUAAAAAUAAGAAAAUGAUGAUGAAGGAUGUGGCUAGGAAUAGGGGUUUUACCGGUCCAAAUUCAGACCCAUUUGGUCCGGUCUCAGUUUAAUUCGGUUUCCUCCCGGUCCAAUUCAAGUUUAGACCGGUUAGAUCAGAAGUAAUUUUCAAUACCAAAAAUAAAUUAAAAAAUAAAAUAUUUUUAAAUAAUUUAGCAAAUUAAUUAUUAUAAUAUUAAAAUAUUUGAGUUAAAAAUUAUUUUGUUAGAAAUAA